UAUAUCAUAUAAAUUUUUUAUUUUUUUCUGUAUAAUUUAAAAAUAUAAAUAUAUAAAAUAUAAUUUAAAAAAAUGUCGCUACGGAAAGGAUUAUUUAUUGUGAGACAUAUAAAAAUAUCACAAAGAUCAUUUGUUCAUAGAAGUUUUCAGUUAUCACGAAAGGUUUGGAAUUAUAUCUAAGCUCGAUUUUAUUUUUUAUUAAUUUUUUCUUAUUGAAUAAUAUUUUUAAUAUUUAUUGCAAUCAGAAAAAUUUUCUAUUUUUAAUCAUUAUUAAUUCUAUCGUGAUAAAAUGAUUAUUUUUUAUAAAUUUUUUUAUUAUUAGAGAAACAAUCAACAUAUAUUAGUAAAAAAAUUAUAUACUUUGCCUUCAUUUACUGCCAUGGCUCUUUGGGGUUUCAAAAAAAUAAAAGGUGAAAACGAAACAAUUAUAACUACAAAAGAAGUUUUAAUAGCAAAAGCUGAUGCAUUGUAUGAUCAGGAACAAUAUCAGGAAAUAUAUAAGUUUUUAAUAAAUUAUAAAGAUAGUGGCGAUGUUGAAAUUAUAUGGCGUUUAUGUAGAGCAAUGUAUAAAAUGUCCAAGAAUGCUAAUGAGAUAGAUGGAAAAAAAUUAAUUUUUGAAGCUUGUUAUUUAAUACUCAAUGCUAUUAAAAUAAAAGAAGAUCAUUGGGUUGCCCAUAAAUGGGCAUCAAUUCUUCUUAAUUCUAAGACUCUUUAUGAAGGAAUGAAAGCUCAAAUAAAAGAAUCAUAUAAUAUAAAAAAACAUAUGCUGAGAGCAAUAGAAUUAAAUCCAAAAGAACCAACACUUAUGUAUAUGCUAGGUUCUUGGUGUUAUCAAAUUGCUGAUUUAACAUGGUAUCAAAGAAAAAUUGCAUCAGUAAUAUUUGCGGAACCACCAUCUUCAUCUUUUGAGGAAGCAUUAAAAUAUUUUGAAAGUGCAGAAGAAAUUGAACCUAAUUUUUAUAGCCAGAAUUUAUUAAUGUUGGGUAAAACAUAUUUAAAAUUGAAUAACAAAGAAAAAGCUUUGAAAUAUUUAAAAAUGACUGUAGACUAUCCUGCAAAAAAUGAUGAUGAUCGUAAUGCCAAACAAGAAGCACAGAAAUUAUUAAAAAAUUUUUGACAAAUAGUAUAUGACAUGAAUGCAAUAUAUAAUAAAAAAAAAAUAUAUAUAUAUAUAUAAGAAUUAAAUUAAGUUUUAAUUGAAGGAA